AUGAUGCGCACCGCCCUCCCCCGUACGGGCUUGCUCCCCUCGAGCAGCAGCCCCUCGUGCACCUGCGCCCGCCAGGCGUCGCACUACCCGGCCUCGCUCUCGACCGCCUCGGCUCCCCCUCCUCCUUCGCCAGCACCCGCACCCUCGACCUCCCUGUUUGCCCAGCCGUCCACUCCGACCCUCGCACACGCCCUCGACAACCCGGCGUGGUCCGACCCGGCCUACCUCAAGCGCUACCGCAACCCGUCCCGCCAUGACGCCCGUCUCCCGCCCUCGCGCGGCCUCGACACGGCCGCCAAACCCGGCACCCGCUCGCACAGCGUCGCGAGCACCUCGACCGCCGACGCCAACGGCAACGGCGUCAAGGUGCAGCGCUCGCGCCGCAACCGCCUCGAGAUGGAGGCCCUGUGGUCGGGCGGCGACUUCUCGCCGCCGAUCCCGCUCGAAAAUUACCGUGCCCAGACGACCCGUCCGCGCCACGCCCUCCUGUUCCCGGGCUCGGGCUCGCAGUACGUCGGCAUGGGCGCGUUCCUGCGCGAGCAGAAGCCGGCGCAGGACGUGUGGGCCGAGGCCGACGAGGCGCUCGCCGGGUUCGAGGAGUGGAGGAAGGGCCUCAAGCUGCACGAGCACGACGGCGAGCUUGGUCAGCUCGGCCGCAUGCUCGACGAGACCGAGGCGGCGAGGCGACGAGAGCCGCAGCUGCGAGAGGUCGUCUUCGAGGGUCCGCAGGACGAGCUCACUCGGUCGUCGAACGCGCAACCGGCCAUCCUCGUCACGUCGACCGCCUUCCUCCGCACGCUCGAGCGCCAGUACAACCUGCCCUUGAGCGCCACGUCGUCGCUCAUCCUCGGCCACUCGUCGGGCGAGUACUCGGCCGCCGUCGCAACCGGCGCCAUCUCGCUCACGGACGGCGUCCGCCUCACGCGCCUGCACGGCCUCCUCACGCACUACGCCUUGUCGCUCCCGUCGAUCGGCCUCUCGCCCGACCUCGACGCGCCGCCGGCCCUGCGCGGCCAGAUGUCGGCCCUCGUCCUCAACCCGGGCCACUCGCACGCCGAGUUGACCGAGGUCAUCGCCAAGAUCCGCGCCGAGCGCCCGAGCACGGCGACGGGCAGCGAGGGCACGGUCGAGGUCGCGAGCUUCAACUCGACGACCCAGGUCGUGCUCGCCGGGAGCCGCGACGGCAUCUUGCGCGCGAGCGAGGUCCUCAAGGAGCUCGAGAUUGCGAGUCGCGCCGCCGACCUCCCCGUCUCCGCGCCGUUCCACUGCUCGUUCAUGGCGCCCGCCGCCGCCGGCAUGCACGCCGCCCUCACCUCGUCGUCGAUCGCGCUCCACACGCCCUCGACGCCCCUCGUGUCGGGCCUCGACGGCUCGCUCAUCACGACGCCGUCGUCGCUCGUGUCGGGCCUGGUCGCCCAGAUCUCGCGCCCCGUGCGCUGGUCGACGUGCCUCUCUGCGCUCCCGACCCCGGCCCACUCGGUCCGCCGCCUCAUCUUUCUCGGGCCGGGCCAGGCCCUCGCCAACCUCGCGAGGCGCGACGCCAAACUGCGUCGCGAGGCAGAGGUGGCCGCCGGCGCGCAGACGGGCGACGGCGCCGAGGGCGAGACCGAGGUCCUGAGCGUCGCGACCGAGAAGGACAUGGAGCGCCUCAGGGAGACGUGGGAGGAGGAGGACGGCGCGUGAGAGGUCGUGCGCGCUCUCUCGUCGAGCGCGCGCUCGUCGACUUUGUAUCUCCCUCUCUCUUUCUCUUUGUCUACCUUUUCCUCACGCUCUCCCCGACCAACACUAUCUUCUCUCGCCGCACACAUCUCUCUGUUGUACCGUAGCUUGUUCGCAACGAGUCCAAGGUUCCGCAGUACC